AUGGAUUACGAAAAAGUCCACGAAGUAGAAUUUCCAACCCGAAUUAGUACACUGGCAAAAAAUGCUCAAAUUAUACAAAAACGGUACACGAAAAAACCUCUUCCAACAAUGGAAGAUAUAAAUUGUUUCAGAGAUUACAUUGAAACCAGUUUAGUUUCAGCGAUAAAAUCGUUGGCUGCAGGAUUUCAGCACGAUGCAUGGAAACUAUUGUCUCAAUUUACGCUUAUAUUAAUUCUACUAUUUAACCGUAAGCGACCAGGAGAAUUGGAAAGGAUUCGUUUGGAUGAUUAUAAAAGAGCAAAAACAUUCAAGGAAACAAACAAAGACGAGUACAAUCGAUUAUCGACUGAAGAUAAAAAAUUAGUCGACGAAUAUAUGCGUAUUGAAUUCAGUGGAAAAAGAGGAUUUGAUGGAACACGUUACCACCACCUAGAAGCAUGUGCCUUGAUGCGUCAUUAUAGUACAAAGUGCAAUGCUAAGUAUCCUGAAAGAUUGCGAGCUACAGAACUUCGAAAACACUUUGCUACGACAGUAGCAUCUCUUAAAAUCGAUGAGUGUCAAAUAUAUGAUGUUUCAAACUUUAUGGGACACGCUGAACAAAUUCAUCGUGACCAUUUUCGACAGACAAUUGUAACUCGGGACGUUUGUGGUGUUUCCCAAAUUUUGGAAGUCGCCUCAGGGGUGAAUAGUAUGAUACGACGUGAUCAAAGCAGGUCUAUAUAUGAGCCUACGCAAAAACAGGUUAAAGCUCAUGACUCUAAUAAUGACGACCGGAAUGCCUUUUUAGAUAAUAUGCAACACCACGAGAAAAAUGAAAGUUCUGAUUCAGAAAAUUUCAGUGAUACGACUCAGGUCAAAAAUUUAACGAGGAGAAAACGGAAAAUAGUAAAACUUUGA